UAAAGCCAGAAGAAUUGUUUAUGAUUCUCCGUGGCCGGAUAUGAAUGUCCAAAUAUGACACGUACGCUAGGUAACGCUAACUCUUCCACGUGACUGCUGCUUCCAUGAAGUCAGAUAGAUGGUGCGAACCUGCUACUGUGUUCCCUCCGAGACAGCAGUUGUGGCGCGGUAGCCGACAGAGAGAGAGGGCUGAGUUUCUAGAGCUGAUAACGUCAAGGAACAGAGUUGUUGAGCGGACACGGUGGAAGCGAAUUUUUUUUUAAGCGAAAUGCGACUCUAUAUUCUCAGUAGAUAACAGGAUCACUCUGGCAGCUGGAAGUUGGUGGGGCAGUGUUGAAAAUUUGACGUUUGAAGGCUUGACGGCUUGACCCACACGUGGAACACAACGUAAAACUGCUCCCAAAAGUGGAAGAUGGACUCCUUAUGCUUCUGUACUGGCGUACAGUCACAAACAACACUGGGCUCGGAUGUGAGAGACCAGCCCAGCACCCCUCCCUUCCUCCCGCGUGCGUCCCGCCCCGAGAUGGACACCAAGUUGGCCAUCAGCAAGGAGAUCUUCGCGCCCCAUGACGAGAAAAUGCUGGUGGCUGUGCAGGUGAAGAGGAGGACCAAGAAGAGGAUCCCCUUCCUGGCUACCGGCGGGCCGGGAGACUACUCCACCUUCAUCUGCAUAUCAAAAACCAAAAAGAAGCCAUGUCAAGUCUCCAUCACCAAAGUAAAGAAGUUUGCAGGCUCCUCUGUGUUUGUGCGUCGAUCACAGUGGUCCAUCGACCUGCUGCGUCAGGUCAAUGGCAUCGACCCCAAUAGAGACUGUGCCGAGUUCGAUCUGACCUUUGACACGGCGUUUGACCAGUGGGUGGCCGGCUCGGCCGGAGAGAAGGGCAUCUUCGUGCAGGUGCUGCACACGUCCUGUCAGCAGCACUGCUCCGAGAGGAAGCCCGAGUUCGUCAACUGCCAGGCGCACCUGCUCAGAGCAGACGAUCAGUCAGUAAACUCAGUCUUUGUCCGUUGCAAGAUGUUUUUGAACAGACUGAGGAAAGACGUGGUCUCAGAGGCAGGUCAUCUGCUUAACGCAGGUAAUAGCAUCCUGCACACAGCUGCAGACAGUGUGACGAGUGCGGUGCAGAAGGCGAGUCAGGCGCUGAACGAGCGCGGAGAGAGACUGGGCCGCACGGAGGAGAAGACCGAAGAUAUGAUGAACAGCGCACAGCAUUUUGCGGACACUGCACACAAGCUGGCGAUGAAGCACAAGUGUUAGGCCGCUGUCACAAUGCCAAAUCUCUGGGGGCUGAAGGGACCUGCUCAGUAGUGGCCGCCACUCAAACACCAGAAGACAUUUCCACAUUUGAAUCCCUUUCUUCUGUUUCACCUGUAUUAUUGAUAAUGCCAUGGUUUUAAACUCAGUUUUGUUCCCAUGAAAGAAUGUGUGGCAUAGAGAAGUGACUGGAAAGGAGGGAUGAAGGGAAUAGCGAGCAAACUUUGGUGAAACCUCUUUCUAAAGACCCACUGAAUAAUUGGUAGGUGACCAGCAUCAGACGUGCCAUUGGAGAGGUGUCCUGCAGUACUGUUUCUCAACACUAGGGGGCACUGUGAUACGAAGUGAACCAUGACACAGUAAAUACCAAGGGAUUUAGAAAUAACACUUUUAGUUUUACCAGUUUAGAGUUUUCUUUUUUAACAAUGUGUGUAGUUAGAGAUAGAUUCUUUUUGAUGGUAUCGCUCAUGCGUUUCAUACUAUACCAGUUAAGUAUUUAAGAAAAAAAAAGUGACGGGAGCUAUUUCUCUGUUUCGAUCUGACGCUGGAAUGGGUUGAUCCGUGAUCCAGCACAGAUCUGGCUUAGAUCCGGCGAUGAGUUGGCUGUUAUCUUGCCUGUGUAUAAAAUGGAGGAAGUGCUAUAAUGAGGGGGUGACGGCCCCGUCAAAGGACCGAGACUGCUGUGAAAGCCUGGUUUUAUUUCGGAGCUUUUAAUUGCCAAUAACAUCAGACUCAGUAUGCCCACAGGCAAGCUGUUGUUUCUGUGCACACUGAUUUGACAAGCCAUUAUGUUGCUGUGACCCCAUACUAACAUUUUACAUUCAUCUGUCAAUUAACCUAUUUUCCAAAUGAAACGACUCCUGUAACCCAGACUAAAUUAACUCUUCACUACAAUGUUGGUGAAGCUGAUCACUAUGCCAUGCAAUAAGAAAUUUGGCCAUUAAAUACUAAAAGACAGUAAAUAUAAACAUCUAUGCCUACCUUUAUUUGACAUAAAGGCAUAGCGUAUGGUUUUCAGGGUUACUAUGUCCAUCCUAUAGUGUGAUGUCAUUCGUUGGGUGUAUAUAUUGAAGUGUUUCGAGGACACUAAGGCCUUUACUGCGUCAUAAUAACUCAACAUCUCUCUGCAUUGUACUAUGGAGACCUUUCCAUUUUUAACACUUGGAUACCUUUUUUGAUGAAAGCUAUGUAAAUAUCAGUAUAGGUUACUGGGAAAUUAAGUAAAGAAAAUGAGUAUGUUUAUUACUAAGCCUUGGGACAGAGUACAUAGUAUGUUACACGAACACACUGUUUUAGGGUUGAGUAGGGUGGACUGUGGGGUGGUUGGGCGGGGGCAACCAGGUCAGAACCGAAGUUUAACAUUGAAAAACACGAUGAACUGAAUGACUUUAAAUUUCACAUUUCACCUUAAUGUAGUGUUUAGAGGCGUUAGGACUGUAAUCCUUGUUUGUUAACGAUUAAAGGAAACGCUUAGUAGGCAGAACCGUCUCGUGGCUUCGGUGUUUGUGGGUCCGUAACGCUCACUGUUCAAACAACAGAUCUCACAGAAACAAGACGCUCGUGUGGAAAACCACAUUCUCUUUGUUUACUGUUUUUCUAUAAUAUAUAUUGAGAUUUUAUAUCUUUUAUUUUUUUUGCUCUUAAAAUACACUGCUUACAUACCCUUGCAGGCACUGUCCACUAGAACGCUUUUAAACUACAGUAGUCUUCUCUCAGUGUUGUUUCAUUCUUGUAUAAGUUUGGAUAUUUAUCCUUGUAAUGAAAGUCUUAAAACUUAACACACUGGUCUCUGUGAGAGGCUCAGCCUUUUCUAAGUUUAUUUUUGUUUCUAUAUGUGUUUUUUUCUGGUGAAGCUGCCCUAGAUGCUGUUGUCUUUGCGUGAGCUUUCCCCCAUUCCAGAACAUGUGACUAAUAAUGUUCAAAGUGGCUGUUUGUUAUGGUUUUACAUUUGAAUUUACUUUUGCUAACUUGAUUAAAAUGAUUAAAAAAAUAAAUAAUUUACAUGUAUUAAAUAACUCAAAACAUGACUAAAUGCCUCUUUUAUUUAAUUUCAGUGUAUUUCACAUUGUUUGAAUCUCAUAUUUCUGGCAGACUUAAGGCCACUCUGGAAGAUCGGACGAAGAUCACUCUUACCAGAUAGGUUGCAAUGAGAUCGAUACUUCAUAGUAUCAGAUGUCUGGCAUACUGUACAUACAUUCAAGUUCUCUUGCUCUUUUCCUUGGAGAAAUAAGCUGAUCUAAAUCCAUUAGCUUUAGUCAUACCUGUUUCAUCUAGUCUUUUUAUAUUAACUUUUCACAACCACUAUUGAUGUUACAUUUUCAUCUGAUAUACUAGACUGAUAUUUGGGUUCAUACCAUACUAGUACUACUAUUUGUAUCGUUAAACUAAUUGCCAUACCUGUAUUUUCUUUUUGUCUUCCUGUGUGUCUGUGUUUGCAAAUCUAUCUACAAGUCAGUCGAAUGAAUGUGCAGUUAUGGUGGUUUAUCAUUAAUAAUUCUGAUGUAAAACCUUUCCCUCAUGACAUACAAGGUUAAAUGGACAGAUCAAAGCUCCCAAUGCAUUUAUGAUAAACAGUCAUUACACAAUUGCUGCUCUUAGAAAUAAUAUGUGGCUGGCAAUGCAGGUUUUUAAAUCUCCAGUUAAUGCCAGAACUACACACACAUACACACACACACAUGCGUAUGCAUGGUGUUGCAUCUGCAGUCUUGACCAUCUAUGAAUAUAUUGAUGACUACUGGCCCAAAGUAACUUUAAAGUGAAUGUGUGUAUGUCCCAUGCUGAAGGCCUGCUUGCAGAGUACUGAUUACCAUUCUGUGUACUCCGGUCUCAAUGCUCCCUUAAAGCCUCUCAUUUACUCCGUUACAAGUUAAGGCCGUUUUCUGUCCUCUUCACCUGCGUUCCGUCCAGGCUUUUCUGAGCCAGAGAGCCUCAUAUGUAUCCCCUCUGAUCAUGUGCUCACUGGACUAGAACAGAGGGAAUAUAGGUUCUGUACGAGAAUAGUGACCUCCCUGUGAGAAUCAUUCAUGGUCAAAAUGUUCCGGAAUCUCCAACAUUGAGGAAAUACGGUCAUGGAAAUCACUCACGAGGCUCGUAUUGGACGGGCCUGAUGCCACACCUCGAGCUAAUUCAUUUCACCCUCUUAGCCCUGGAACCCUACCCAGGAGAGUUCCACAGAGGUGUCUCAAACUUGCACCUGCUGUUUCCCCCCAGCCCGUUCAAUUCUCAAACUAGAGCCCAUUGCGUUAUUUCAGUGUUUUUUUCCUUCUCGUGUGUGUGUGUGUGACAGAGAGACCGCCUGCACUGAUGGCAUCCUUAUGAUAUUAAAAACCCUCACACCUCUUUCCCUCCUUUGCCCUGGUCUCUCCUCCUCCAUCAUUAAUCUAACAGUAAUUACCCCCACAGGGGAACUACACACACUUACUGUAACACACACACACCUCAGGACCCUGAUCUAAUGACUUGUUAACCUUCCUCUCUGCCAUAUAGUUAACUGUUACAUGUUUCUGUGUUGGUUCAUUUACUAUAAUUUAGUGAAUGAAUUGAAAUCAUUAUAUAUUAAGUGAAUGUAAACGUUAAAUAUGUUAUGUAAACUGAAAUGUUUUCCUUGUCAGUAUUCAGUCUACUGAACGUGUCAGUCUGUCGUCGUAACUAUUUGUUUUCAUCUUUUCAUUGUUCCUGGAUGUGUGUGUAUGUCCAGGUGUGUAUCUCCUUACCUUCAAGUACACCAGAAGUUACUGAAUGGUCUGUGUCGACCUUGUCUGUCACUGUAUUUGUAUAAUGUAUUGUGUGUGUUAGUUUUGUAUUCUUUCGUCUGUUGUCCAAAACCUGUUGUCAUUCAUGUUCUUUUGUCGGAACGUUAAACAGAAAUUGACUCGUAUCGCCACAGCAAGCCAAUGAUUAACUUGAACCUGCAGGAAGCUACUGACAGUGAUUGGAGUGUUUUCCAUUGACUUAGUGACUUACACAGGUUCUAGGACUAAAGUGUGGUUCUUCCGAUGGUGGAAACAGUUAUUGCUCUGUGAAGUGAAGACGUGUAGAAGUUUCUGAAAUGAAUUGUGUCAAUAAGUCUUUUGUUAACUGUUUCCCUCUUCGUACUAAGCUACUUAGUCUCUGCUAACAGCUCUUCCAACAGCUCUAAAAAACGUACCAUCAGUCCAAACAUCAUCUUUGAUGUUGAAAUAUUAAACCCUGCAUUAACUCAGUAUUAGACUUCGCUUGACGUGAUUGUUCUAAAAAUUAGUCUGUGCUGAAAGCACGGUCCUCUGAGGUGCCAUGUUAUAGAACCAAAUAGGGUUCCCACAUUUUAACUUACUAGAACAGAUCUCUGGAACAGAACUGGUGGAGGCGCGCUGGAUCAGCACCAGGCAGUCUUGGCCUGCAGAACGUUAAGAGUGAAUGAAAGUAAAGGACAUCUCAGUGUCUGAUGCAGUUAGAGCUGAACUAGUAUACAGAGACAGUCGUUAAAUGUGUGAUUUUUGUUCUUAAAUGAGCUCAAAAGCAUCCAGUGUCACCACUUAACAACGCAGUGAUGAGUAAUCAAUCUCAGAUUUAUUUUAAAAUGGUCAUUUAAUACAGUGUGUUCACAGUAGUGUCCGUUUAUGUGCUUCAGUACUAGACUUCACUGCCUCUGGAGAGUGAUGUUAUCUUUUUGUUGUUCAGUGUGAUGUUUUUCCCCGUCUUAUUUCACAGGGUGGCCCUCAUUUCACUCCAUGAUUAUAAAUUUGAUAUUAAAUCUCUUAAAAUGCCAA